GGCAGCCUCUUGAGCGCGCCCGACCGGCCAAGAUGGCGGCGGCCGUUGGCGUGGAGUCUGGUAUAUAAUGUCGUUGCUCGGUUCCUUCCGUUGCAAAAUGUGAAAGAAACGUCUGGUGGAGUGGGGGGAGGACGUAGGAAUGAGUCGGCGGAGGAAAUAUGGGGACAGCAGUGCCCCGAAGAACACGCCGCGUAGAACGGCGGCGACUGAGGACUGCAGCUCGGUGGUCGAGCCAGGCAGCAGGCGGCUGAAGUCGGCCCGCGGGUCGGUUCUCCGCGGGGCUUGGGAAGGCCCUUCCGGGCCGGUGUGGCAGCAAGAGCAGCGUCCAGCACCCGCUUCGUGCAUUAACAGUAACCCCGAGGAAAGGCAUGAAACACCACAGAGAGUGCUGAAAAUGGAUUUGUUUUCAUGUACCUUCAGUUCUCCAAAUGAUCCAGAUGGACAGAAUGAUAUCUUUUGGGAUCAGAAUUCUCCAAUGACAAAACAGUUAGGUAAAGGAAGAAAAAAAAAGAUUUACACCACAGGUAGUGAUGAGAUAUCAGACAUUGUUAAUCGUAUUGCUCCUCAGGAUGAGAAGAAGCCAACAACAAACUCCAUGCUGGGUAUGUGGAUUGGUGCAGCUGCUAUUCCUUGUACUCCCAGUGUAGCGCAAAAAAAAUCAAGAAUAAAAGUUAGCCGUACAAAGUUAAAAACACAAUAUCGAGAAAAAGAACUUAUGAAAUUGGCUGAACAAUUUGAUAAAAAUAUGGAAGAGCUAGAUGUGGCUCAAGAGCAAAACAAGAAGAAUCAUGAUUUUAUCCAGGAGAUUUCAAAAGCAGAGACUUCACAUAGUUGUAAUGAUUAUGUACAGAUGCAUCCCUUACAUGAUAUAGUUCCAAUUAUAGAUAAUACCAUAAUAAAGAAGCCAAUGAAAGGAAACACCAGAAUAUCUGUGGCAAAUGAUCAAAGCAGUAGUCAGAAGCCAUUUGACCAAAAUGCUGAAGCAGCCUUUAAUGCCCUUUUUGAUGAUUCUACCCAGAAAUGUAGUGGGCAGUUAAGCCAAGAUCUGGCAGAUGCUUUUUUGAACACUAGAAAAAAUGCUUUGAAAGAGGAGAAAAUCAUUAUUAAUGGUACUCUGGUCACUGAAAAACUGCCAGGUAAAACCCAAGAUUCACUUUAUCCACAGGUAGAUCCUUCCAUAAUGACAAAAUCAUGUAUGACUCCCUAUAGUAAAGAGCCAGAAGCUUCUAGUAAGCCCAUUGGUACAUUUACCACCAGUGAUUUGGAGGAUGAUUGGGAAAAAUUACUAAGUAAUGAACCUUUUGUUAUGCAAAAUGUUGAAGCUGAACUUUUUCCUUCUAAAACUGCCCAGGUUACUGAUCAUAAGGGAAUUUAUACCUUUACUAGUGAAUAUGGUGGGAGUACAUCAAGAACAAAUAAAAGUCUAGAUGCCAAGUUAGGAGAUUCAGAAGUAUUACAAGAUUUACCUUCAAAAACACAUAACAGAGAACUAAUAGAUGCUGGAAAAUACAUAUUUUCAUCAAAUCCAAAUGAUAAAUCAAGUAAAUUAUCAUCCACUAGAAAUAAAAUGAAUUCUUCAAGUAAAAUUGUUAGUCAAGACAAAACUCAAGAUUGUGCAGUUACAUCUAAUCUGACAAAAGUAAAAGAAGAUAUCUGUAUCAAUUUUACUUCUAAUGUAAAUACUUCUGAAAAGAAGUCUGCUUUGAACACAAAACAUUCUAGUGAACAAAAAAAUAAGCCCAUUUUUGAUCCGUCUUUCAAAGCACCUGUUAAUAUUGAUCCCUUUGGCUCUUCAACUUUGGACUGUGAAACAGUUGUUAAUAAACCAGAUCAGACUAAUGCAUCAAAGUUAGGUUCUUUCUUUGAUGAUUGGAAUGAACCAUCACUUGCCAAUGAAAUUUUUGAAACAUGUCAUCGAUUAGAGACUUCUUGGGAAACAGAUAAUGUAGAUGAUGAUUUGUUGUAUCAAGCAUGUGAUGAUAUUGAAAGACUAACUCAGCAACAGGACAUUUUAAAGGACAAUAAAACAUCAGAAAGUAUACUUGAGAUCAAUGAUAGUUCCAAACAUGGAGCGAAAAAUAUAUCUACUACAUCUAAACAAGGAAGUCAGUUGGCACAAUCAAAUCAUUUGAAUCUGGGCAGCAUUACAGUGCAGACGUCUUCCUUGACAGUUGACACACAAAUAAAUAAAUCAGUGAAGGUGGAGAAAAGGGAAAUGAGUGGAAAUUCUUCAGAAUUUUGGGGUACUACAACAAACUUGACUAUGUACUCUAAGAACUCAAAUUGUCAGAAUAAUAAUCUGCAUGUGUAUAGGAAUAACAGUGAUGUUCUAAUGCAAGUGCCCAGUUCUAAAUCAGUUUUUGCAGGAAGUUCAAGUCUGAAUGUGAAUUCAAAUUAUGUGAGCCCAGUAAUUGCUAGUAAUAAGAAGAAACUGAUUACCCAGCAACUUUCCCAUAGGCCCCAAACAGAUGAAGCACAAAGUGAGUUUAACAAAGCAGUUAGAUUUUCAAAGUAUACUUUUGCAAAGACAAAAAAUCCUCAGAUUCUUUAUCAGCUUAAUCAAAAUUGUAUAGAAACAAGUAUGUCUACUACCAAAAUUACACAAGGUUUGGAGAAAAAGAAAACUGUGAAUUCAAUAACUGGGGAAGCUGAUCAGCAGAUGUCUUUGGUGAAAAUUUCUGAGUCUUUGAAACAAUCUUCAAAAGAGGAAGAAGAAAAAAAUAGGAAAUAUUCCCCUGAAGAAAUUCAGAGAAAAAGACAAGAAGCACUGGUUCGAAGAAUGGCCAAAGCACAGGCAUCAUCUGUAAAUUCAGCUCCCACUUAAUUUCUUUAAUGAAAUACUGGUUGGAAGACUUAUAGAUUAUUGAUAACUAUCUAUGAUAGGAAAUAUUUUUUCUUGAUUUCUCUGUGAGAAAUUCUUACUUAUAAAGCAUGGACUUCUACUUUAUUAUUUAAUAAAUCACUGUUUGCAAUGGUAAAUUAAUCCUUUCCUUGAGAAUUUAUAUGAAAGUUUUGAAAAGUUAGCAAUUAUGUACUAAGAUUAGACAAAGGAAACUAGUUAUAUUUUUAAAUAUUAUGAUUUCAGAAGAUCAUCAAAAAUAUGUAAUUAUAAAAAUGUGUCUUCUAAUACAAAGCUUCAAAUUUUUUAUGUUAAAUAGUCUAUUUUGGUAGUUUUCAGUAACUAUUGCUUAAGGUUUUUGUACAUUUCUAAUUUUUAAUUAAUACUUCCAUAUUCCUAGGAAUAUGCUUGGUUUGGAAAUAAAAAAACUUUGGUUUAUUUGUAGAGAAAUUAUUAUUUUCAAUUCCUACUUAGAAGUAGACUUGAAGUGUAAUAUUUCAACAAUGUGAUAUAAUUUGAAAACUUUUUAACAUUUUUAGGAAAAAAAAAAGUCUAGCUUAGAAAAAGGGAAGGAAUGGGUUAGCUAUAUAAGUAAUAUAUUGUCAUUAACAUUUAGAACUGGCGAAACAGACGUUGCCCAAUCCAGCUUUAUUGUAUUGAUAAGAAAAAUCAGUAGUUAUUUUCAAAGUCGUGGGCAAGUUAAAACUGUUCUUGUGUUAGAAUGAUUUCUUUGGACACCUAGACAGUUUUACCAUUUGCUUCAAAGUAUUAGUGCAUAAAACAACUUGGGCGAGCAGUAAUUAUUUUAUAAUACAAGAAACAUAAUUAAAAGCACAUUAAGGACUAUUUAAUACAAUGCUCAUUACUCUUUAUUUUCAAGAAUUACUCUUUCCAGGAUAUAAGAAUGAGAGUCUUUCUCUUUUUGGUUUUCCUAUAACUGCAGUUUUCUCAUCAAUUAAUUUUAUUAAUUUUGCUCCAUGUUUCUGUCUUCCUUUUUUCUCUUCCUAUCAUGGCAUGGUAUUCGCCACUUCUGGUGUCUUAGGGCUAUGAUAAUAUGGUAGUUAUUGGUCUUUGGGUAUGUAUCAUUUUGUAAAUGAUAUUUUUAUGCAUGAGAGUAACAGAUUUUAAGUAAUCUGUAUUAUUUGUCUAAGAAUGUAUACAAAAUAGAACCUAAAUUCUUUUAAGUUUCUGUGUAAGAAAAUGAAGGGAAUCUUUUACUAAAUUGGCUUCACUGUGAUCUGACUAUGCUUUGAAUAUCUCUCUCUUUGCUUCAAUUCUUCCUUCUUGCUGCUCAUUUUCUUUAGAGUGCUUUUAGUCCAUUCUGUCCAUUAAGACUCAACUAAUAAAUCUGUUUCUUUUUUUUAAUUAUUUUUUAUUUAUAUAUGAUAGUGGAAUAUACUACAAUUCUUAUUAUACAUAUAAAGCACAAUUUUUCAUAUCUCUGGUUCUAUACAAAGUAUAUUCACACCAAUUAAUGUCUUCAUACAUGUACUUUGGAUAAUAAUGUCCAUCACAUUCCACUAUCAUUUCUAACCCCAUGCCCUCUUCCUUCAAGAAAUAUUCAGCAUUUGGCUUUUGGGGGAUUGGCUAACUUCACUUAGCAUUAUCUUCUCUAACUCCAUCCAUUUACCUGCAAAUGCCAUGAUUUUAUUCUCUUUUUUUGCUGAGUAAUAUUCCAUUGUGUUUAUAUGCCACAUUUUUAAAUCCAUUCAUCUAUUGAAGGGCAUCUAGAUUAGUUCCAUAGUUUAGCUAUUGUGAAUUGUGCUGCUAUAAACAUUGAUCUGUUUGAGACUCAUACCUGACCAACUUCACUGGAAUUGAUUUCUGUGUGACUCCCUUUCUUUUUAAAAGGAAACUAUUUGGCAUUUCUAGAUGGUGGGGGGUGUAUUGGCCCAGCACAUAUGAACCUGAGCAUGAUUGAGUUUCUAGGGUUACCCUUGCUGUUCAUACCACUCUUCUUUCCUCUUGCUUUUCUUCUUUUAGCCAUUGUUAGAAACACUAGGUGUUGAAUAGGCCGAGAAUGGGCAUGCAGAGGAGUGCCUAGUUUGUCUGGUUUGGUUCUUUCUAGUCUCUAGGGAAUGUAUCUCCAUAAGGUGAAGGAACAUAUGGUAGUCUGGUAGCUCUAUUCUAGCUCAAACACUGUUGCUGUUCAUGCAGCGCAGAAAGACUGCUACCAUUAAUACCAUUAUUGCAGAGUGGAACCUCUCCUUACUCUUUUCCUAUUCUAAACAUAACUUUGAUCCACAGAACACAUGGGUUAUUUAACUGCAGACACAGUCAGUGGUAUAUAGACAUGAACCACAAUGUGUAUAACAUUACCUUAUAUCAAUAUACACUACCCGAUUAUAACUAACUUUUAACAAAAACAGAGAUACCUUACUCAUCUCUAAUUUCUUGAUACUAAUAUUUGGAGAUUACUCAUUAAAUUUUGAAUGAAUUUGCAUAGACUAAGGUUGUAAGAGAUUCUUCCUUGUCCUACCUGCAUCAGUUUGACUCAUUCCCUGAUCUUCAGGGUUGGAAAAUGAUUCUAGGAACAAAUUAAAUUUAGUUUAACACUGAUUAUUGGUGUAAAUGAUAAUUUAUGUAGAAUCCAAACCAUGGUUUCCAUGUGUUGUAUUCAUAAUCACUUGUGGAAUUUAAAAACAAAACACCAAACUUA